CAAGAUGGCGCCCAAAGCAAAAUAAAGAAAAUACGAGAAGAGAAAGAAAACACCGAAAUACUGGAUUCAAAAGAACUUUCAUCAAUCAUAGAUAAUCUAACAGAAUGAGUGGCGCAGAGGUGAUUCAAGCCAGAAGAACGGAAUCAUUGGAUGCUCCUGAGAUACUGAAGCUCGUCAGUGGAGGAACUGAGAAGCUAUUCGGUCGAGUUAAUGUUGUAAAUAUAAUAGAGAAAGCUAACUUGGCAGUCACUCUGGUCAAUGCAAAAAAUGAUGUGAUAGCAUUUGCAGCAUUCUUUGAUUAUCCCAACAUACCUUCUAUAAACCAGGCAAAAUGGGAGGAGUGGCUGAAAGAAAAAUAUGACUGUACAAAGGCCAAUGCACUUAACAGUCUAUUCCUGAACUUCUUUGUUGCUAAACCAGACUUUGCAUUAGGAUGUGCAUCAGAAAUCAUAAGAACAGUUUUCAAUGCUGUCCCAUUUCUGCAUUAUCUAUUUCUUGUUAUGCCAAGAGGAGCUGAUUGUGGGCCAGGAUUGUUUGAAAUCUUUAACUCAAUGAGAUACAAUCCAGAUUUCAAAGGCAACUUGAAUUUUGAGGUUAAGAUAUGCCACCGCCAUGAACACUGCCCUAAACUACACAUUCGACAUGCCAGAGUGGAAGACCACGAUGACUUGAUGCCAACAUUCAACAGACAGAACGAUGUGUUGACCUCAAUGUAUGGUAACUUUUUCUUAGCUGAGAUGAUUGAGGCACAGGAUGAAGAUAACAGAUGUCUAGUUGCUGAUGUGGAUGGUACAGCUGUUGGAUUCAUGAGUGUUUGUUCUCAAGUUGAUUGUCAGAUAUUAAACAGAUGUUUUGACCUUGGACCAUUUAAUGGUCUAAAGAAGUUAGUGGAUGGAGAUGAUACUGGAUCAAUGAAUGAAGAAAUGGUGAAGGAAGAAAAAGUUGUGAAAGAUAUUCCUGAACAAAAAGAAGAAAGAAAAUCAUCAACAGAUAGUGGGAAGUCAUCAAAGGAAACCAAAGACGAUGAGAUUCUUGAGGAAGAAGAAUCUCAAUCAUUUGUUCCUAAACUAAGUGAUGAACACAUGAGACAAGGUUAUGAUUCAGAGAGUGACAGCGAUUCUGCCAGAAAGACAUCAGUGUAUCAAGGAAUUGAAAGUGCUUUUUGUAUUCAACUGUUCUGCAUUGAUGAAAAAUAUGAAAUGAGAUCUCUAGACUUCCUACCUGCAGCUUUUGCUCAGUUUCCUGAUAGAGAUUAUUGUAUACUAACCAUGCCACACCUUGUUUCGGAGUUUCCUCUUCUACAAUCCUUCACGAGAGUGACUCCAAAAAGACACAGCACCCUUUCACAGGAACUGUAUGUCUAUCAUCGCUGGGGUCUCAUAGAAUCAUUUAGCGUUAAGCCUUGUACAACUUCAGACACUGAUGGCAUCAAAAAUGUAGUGAAGAGUCUGAAAGGAUCUAACAGAAUAAUGACUGACAUCGAACAGUACAUCGCAUCACGUAGAGAUCAUGAUGGGACACAACUACAAGCCUUUGUCGCCGAGUCGAUGGGUCAAAUAGUGGGCGUGGCAAUCCUCAGACGAGAAGAGGAUAUAGAGUAUAUUCGUUCGCACUACAGCAUCGAAGACUUUGUGUACUUCAAUCAUCACCAGCGUGAAGAACAUGCUCACUUACAUCACUUUGUACUCAACCCUAUAUUCCAGCAGUACUCCAAACACUUCCUCAAGGAAGUGCUACGACUGUCUCACAAGUCUUGUCUCUAUUAUCCAAUCUUUCCUCGAUAUUCAACUUUAGAGGGUAUAAAGCCUCACUCCACAGUGACUGCGCUGAAUGAUUUGGUCACCAUAAAGGCACGCCGUCAAAUCAUAUACCCAGUUGAACAGUUAGGAGGCAAUGCUCCGUCAGACCGGAUCCUACAACCAAAGGAACCAUUUGCUUUGAAUCACCUGAACAGAAAACUAACCCUAGAGCCAAAGGUUGCCAUCAACGCUCGUAUUGUGGUAGUCGGUGCUUCAGAUGUUGGCAUCUCAUUCCUAGAAACAUUCGUGUUUUGUCCACAUUUGAGGUUUAACAACCUUACGCUCAUCACCCCCCAAGGGCUUCCUGGCCAGUCUGCACCAGAUCCCCAGGUCAAUCAGUUUCUUCCUUCAAGUUUGUGUUUUACAGACGAUGACCACGCCCACAUGUCACUGAGAACUUGGAUUAAUGUUGUGAAGGAGAAAAUGACUCGCAUUGACAGAACCAAUAAAAUUGUGUACGUCACAAACGACCACAAGGUACCAUACGACUAUCUGGUCCUGUGCACGGGGCAACAGUUCCAAAUCCCGGUGCCAUCCGGUGCUGAUAUCAGUACCCUUGUGACCACCAGUGAGGUAGAGAGACCCCGUGAUACUGUCUAUCGAGGGACGUUGCCUGGCAACGUGUUUGCUAUCAACUCACUGCAAGAUUCUGCUCACAUUGUCAAGUGGCUAAAGGAUCAGUUUUUGGCUUCUGAUGGUAAAGCUGUAGUGUAUGGAUGGGCAAUGGAAGCUUAUACUACCAUCCAGGGAUUAUUAAGCCUGGGUGUCCCUGCCAGUAGAAUUGUAAUGGUACAACCACCUCCACCUAUCCCAUCAUGCUUUAAUAAUCUAGACAUCGAUGAAGCCAUCGAGAAUUCACUAAAGACUCUCGGAGUAGAGAUCCAUAUAGGGUUUACCUUAGCACAGUGGAACGACAGUAACCUGGAUGGACCCUUGACCUGUGCUACUUUUACAUCAGAUAAUAAACCUUUAAGGGUAGAAUGUCAGGCGUUUUUCUGCUUCCAAGAGAAAAGAGUAGAUUACCAGGCCUUCAAGGCUAUUAAUGACAGUUGUUUGGUAUUUGAUGGAAAACUUGUGGUGAACGCCAAUUUCCAUACCAAUGAUCCGUUCAUCAGAGCUGCAGGACCACUGACCAAGUAUCAGAGAAGRUACCACGCAGAAUCCUGGACCCACGCUAAUUAUAAUUCAAAAGAAAUCGGUUCUGAGCUUGCACAUUCCAUGCUAGUUCUCUUUGACCCAACACUGGAAGGUUUCUCUCCCGAGCCAGUCUCGAUGGAAGACGAUCAGCUGGUACCGAUAUACAAACAAGCUAAGAUGUACAGUGCUUUGCUGCCAGGUGGUUAUCACUAUCUUCACGUUGGUAAACCAGGCCUCAACUUACCACUGGAUUCGCUUAUGGUACAGCCUGAAUACGGUCGAGAAUUGGUGACAGGAAGUGCUAAACACGAUGAGUCCAGCCCAGGUUACUUCCGGUUACAUGUCAAUCAGUACAGAUCCAUUGAGACAAUCACCUGUCUGAGUAAACAACCCAUUGACACGAGUAAUCUGUUAUGCCUUUAUGGACUACACGAACGCUAUCUCAACAACCUGCUACAGCGCUUCGACGAAGAUCUCAUAACGAACUUCUAUAGCUUUUUCCGCGAAUCUUGGUGUCUGGCAAUAUUCCACGACAGAUUUAAUGAUUUCAGGGAAGAGGUUCGCGAGUUGCUCGUCAGUAAACCGGAACAGGAUGCGCACUCACUAGAAGAAAAAGUACGCAAAAUGAUUGAUGAAGAUCUUGUGCUUACCAAGGAACAGAGACGGAACCUAAGAGAUGCUUACAUCGCUUCUCCUGUACGAAAAGCCAUCGAACUGAGGCAACUAAGCUUCUUGUCCUACAAUUCUUAUCACUUACCCAUGUAUGUCAAACAGGGAGUGGUGUGAAAUAUUCAACCAAGUAUAAUGUAUUAUAGAUAAACUGUGUGUAAACUAACUAAUGAUAAUAAAAGAAUGGUUCUGAAGUA